AAAUCGAUUAUUUGCUUUUAACUCGGUUAAUAUCCCAUCACUAUUUUCAAAUAGAAUCGGCUUACUAUAUAUUUCGAAAAUUACGCGCCGUAUAUCAAUAUGGAUAUAUCAAAUCCACAAAAAAACGAUGGUGUAGGUCUGAUAAUAGAACCUGGAUAUACUUGGGAUGAAUUGCGUGAGAACGUAAUGAAUUCUUGUCUUAAAAAAAAGUGUCACAUCAUAUUAGAAGGAGAUCCCAAAACGGAGGAAGUGUAUAGAAGAAUAUUGGAUUUGUUAAAUUCCGAAUUGAAUUUGGAUGAAAUAACUAGUCUUUUCGUUAUUGUGGGCACUCUUUAUUUCAUUGAAGCUACGCCGUUGAACAUGGAAUGGCGCACACAACUUUUGCAAAAAACAUUCAACUACACAGACACACUAAGUCCAAUGCACCUUCAUUUGGCGACCAAACGACUUUGGACAAAUUUAAAAAAGAAGGAGACGGAUGUGUUUAAUAUACUGGAGCUUUGUAAUCAAAUGGUUAUAAUAAGUGAAACAGCGAGAGCAAUUUCCAUUUGUCUUAUGUGGACCAUACUUUCAGAAAUAACAGAUACUUCUUGCGAAAUGUUUUGUUUCAGACAGUUCAUGAAGUUGCUCGAAAUGUUGAAUAAUAUCGAAAGCGAAACAUUGCAGGAGGAGGAAAAUACUAAGAUUGUGUACAUUUUAGUACGCGUAUUAAGUUAUCUUAUAAAUGCUAUUCUUUGUGAUGCUCAAAAUGAGGAUAUUAUUAAAGCCGGCUAUCGCAUGUAUUUUAAAUACACAUCUUCAUUUUUAAAGCAACUUUUGAAUUGGUUCGAAAACUUUAAGAAGACUAUAGAUUCUGGUGCAAAACCAAAACAAAUCCAAAUAGAUUGGGAUCUUCGAAUGAUGAUUACGGAGCAUAUCAGCUUUAAUAUUAUAAAUGUUCUUCAAGACAGAAUAGAUCAUAUGAGUACACCCGAUUAUUCCUAGAAUAAAUUAUAAGAAUUAUAAACUUCCAUAUGUACUGUGUUAAGUAAUUAAUAUAUAAAUCUUUGUUAGUAAAAUAAAAUAAAAUAAAUAACAUGUAUAUACCUA